ACACACUAGAACCGACUUGGGUUAUGCAGCCUACUCGGGCUCGGCUCGUGGAGUAAUCACCAGGUAUUUCUAACAUAGGCAUGGAGCCAGCACCAGAAGCCUUGACCAAGACCUGCAGCCAGGGCUGCUCCAUCCCCUAUGCCCCAGGACAAAAUCCCCGAAAGGCCGAGUGACUGGAGGUGCCAGCCUGGGGACGUCUUUUAAGAUGACCCGCACGGACCCGCCGGACUUGCUGGUGUCGACCGUGUACCAGGAUAUCAAGGUGGUAGACCCAGGCCUCACGUCCAAACGCCAGCCAUGUGAGCGUUCCAUGGCCCGGCCUGCUGCGCCCACGCCUUUCAACAAGCGCCACUGCCGUAGUUUUGACUUCUUAGAGGCACUGGACGAACCCACCAUGGAGACACACCCAAAGCCACCACCUCCUGAACCUGCGCCACCCCGCGCCCGACCCAGAGACAGCGAGCCUCGGCGCCGCACCCGUUCCAAGAGCGCGCCCCGUGCGACCCAAGGCCUGGCGACUGCACCGGCUUCGCCACCUGUACUGCAGCGCAGAGGCCGGGAAGCCCAGCGUGCAGUGCGGGUGGAGGGCUCGCCGCACCGGGAGCCCUCGUAUCCUGCUCUGCGAGCUCUCGCUAAUGAGCUGCACCCCAUCAAGCUCCAGCCACAGCGGGGAGGCCCAGGACGCAUUGCGCCUCUAUGCGCCACCCCAGGCCGCUGCGCACCACCGGAACCACCCUCUGGACCCGUCCCCCAUGUCCGCUGCCGUUUGGACAUCAAACCCGACGAGGCAGUGCUGCAGCACGCCGCCCGAAGCUCACGAUCUUGUGCACCUAGAGAGACGACGUCCUGGGGUCGCACAGCCCCGCAGUUCCACGGCCUCACAGUUCCCGGUCCUCGCCACGUGGCCCUGUCACGCACUCCCACCCCCAGUGACUUGUACUGUACUGACCCCAGAGCACUGUACUGCGACGGGUCACUGCCUGGGGCCCGGGACUACUUGGAGCACCGAAGUCAACCCUUCGCAACGCCUCCAGGUCCCACCCAAUUUUUCUACACCGAGGAGCCAGAGGGCUACGCAGGCAGCUUUACUGCAAGCCCCGGCCUUCCCUUUGAUGGCUACUGUUCCAAGCCCUACUUGUCCGAAGAACCCCCUAGACCUAGUCCAAGGCGUGGGGGCAGCUACUAUGCUGGCGAACUACGCACCUUCCCGAUCCAAGAGCCUCCAUCCCGCUCCUACUACGGGGAGACAACUCGAGCCUACGGUCUGCCUUUCAUUCCCCGGUAUGUCCCAGAAGAGCCUCGGGCGCACCCUGUAGCCCGCACCUUCUACACAGAGGAUUUUGGGAGGUACCGUGAACGCGAUGCACUGGCUCGGACUUACCCGCACCCGCGCAGCAGCCCAGCCUGGGCUGACUGGGGUCCGAGGCCUUACCGCACCCUUCAGGUGAUGCCGCCUCCUGCCCCUGGACCACUGUUGGCCUCGUGGCACGGCGGCACUGGCACAAGCCCACCCCGGCUGGCCACAGAUAGCCGCCACUACUCUCGAUCCUGGGACAACAUCCUAGCUCCUGGUCCUCGUCGUGAAGACCCUCUAGGACGUGGCCGCAGCUAUGAGAACCUCCUGGGACGGGAGGUUCGAGAUACGCGGGGUUCAUCCCUUGAAGGACGGCGUCCACCAGUCGUAGUGAAUCUGUCCACCUCACCCAGACGCUAUGCAGCACUGUCGCUGUCCGAGACGUCGCUGACAGAGAAGGGCCGCACCGGAGAGAGCCUGGGCCGCAACUGGUACGUCACGCCAGAGAUUACUAUCACAGACAACGACCUGCGCUCAGUGGAGCGCCCGACUGCCAAGGGCUGGGAAUUGCCUGGAGGCCGACCACGGCAGCCCGCACCCACGGUCCCUGAGGGUCCUGCUUCCAGCCGCCAGCGCAGCCUCGAGCAACUGGACGAGCUCAUCACCGACCUGGUCAUCGACUCACGAUCGCCAGCCCAGGCCCCGGAGCCUGCCGCCGAAGGUUUAGGCCGCCAACUACGCCGCCUGCUGGACUCACGGCCUGCGGGCCUUGGAGGAGCCACCGCGCUGGCGCCGUCGCGCUCGCCCCCGGCCUCGGCUGGCAGCACCGAAGAGCCCACCGGCUCGGGGGAGGCAGCCGACGCCUCCCCGGAGCCCAGCGCAGAUGAGGAUGACUUGAUGACGUGCUCUAACGCGCGCUGCCGGCGGACAGAGACCAUGUUCAACGCCUGUCUCUACUUCAAGUCGUGCCACAGCUGCUAUACCUACUACUGCUCGCGUCUGUGCCGCCGAGAGGACUGGGAUGCGCACAAGGCGCGUUGCGUGUACGGCCGCGUGGGCAGCGUGUGCCGCCACGUGCUGCAGUUCUGCCGCGACAGCAGCCCAGUGCAUCGCGCCUUCUCGCGCAUAGCACGGGUCGGAUUCCUGUCGCGAGGCCGUGGCGUGCUGUUCUUGGGCUUCCCGAGCCCCGGCUCUGCCGACAACUUCCUACGCUUCGGCCUCGAAGGGCUGCUGCUAUCGCCCACCUACCUGUCGCUGCGAGAGCUGGCUACACAUGCGGCGCCCCUGGGUAGCUAUGCACGAGAGCUGGCGGCCGCCGGGAGGCUCUAUGAGCCGGCGGAGUGCUUCCUGCUUAGCGUGUCCGUGGCCGUGGGGCCCGGCGCUGCACCCCCCGGAGCCGCUGCCCGGCCCGCACCGCGCAGUCCUGGGCCCACGGUGCGCAAGUUCGCCAAGGUGGCCCUGGCCGCUGGCAGUCCGACGCGGCCUCCUCCUGCGCGUGGCGGAGAACCAGAUAUGGAAACGUUGAUCCUGACGCCACCCCCGGGCACCGCGGGCCUGGACGAAGAGGGUGAGACCGGCCGGCGCGCGCGCGAGGUAGCCUUCAUCCAUAUCCAACGAGAGCUGCGACUGCGCGGUGUCUUCCUCCGCCACGAGUUCCCGCGGGUCUACGAGCAGCUCUGUGAGUUUGUGGAGGCUAACCGGCGCUUCACGCCCACCACCAUCUAUCCCACGGAUCGGCGCACUGGCCGCCCCUUCAUGUGCAUGAUCAUGGCUGCUUCCGAGCCUCGUGCACUAGAUUGGGUAGCCAGCGCCAACCUGCUGGAUGACAUCAUGUGAACCAGGGGACUGUUAGGCCCAGGCCCCGACCCCGAGCCCUACCUACUCUACUCAGGCCCUGCCUGAUUCAUCACGACCGCCCCCAGAGUCUGGACCAGCUGGUUCAGCGCCUCCCAAGUCCCCCUGGGCCCCCAUUAGUCUUCUACAAAUUCUCUGCCCCGAGCUCUACCCACGCCACACCUCUAACUUUGCCUAGGAGCCCCCACCCUCACCCCCGUCCUGUUUCCA